AUGGUAAAUGACAAGGAGGAAGCGAGUCUGGAGCCAGUCUGGAGCGAGUCUGGAGCCAGUCUGGAGCCAGUCUGGAGCCAGUCUGGAGCCAGUCUGGAGCCAGUCUGGAGCCAGUCUGGAGCCAGUCUGGAGCCAGUCUGGAGCCAGUCUGGAGCCAGUCUGGAGCCAACACAGCCGUCCUCAGACACAGCCGUCCUCAGACACAGACGCAGCUCAGACAGACGCAGCUCAGACACAGACGUCCUCAGACACAGACGUCCUCAGACACAGCCGCAGCUCAGACACAGACGUCCUCAGACACAGACGCAGCUCAGACACAGACGUCCUCAGACACAGACGCAGCUCAGACAGACGCAGCUCAGACAGACGUCCUCAGACACAGACGUCCUCAGACACAGCCGUCCUCAGACACAGACGUCCUCAGACAGACGCAGCUCAGACAGACGUCCUCAGACACAGCCGUCCUCAGACACAGACGUCCUCAGACAGACGCAGCUCAGACAGACGUCCUCAGACACAGACGUCCUCAGACACAGCCGUCCUCAGACACAGACGUCCUCAGACAGACGCAGCUCAGACAGACGUCCUCAGACACAGACGUCCUCAGACACAGCCGCAGCUCAGACACAGACGUCCUCAGACACAGACGCAGCUCAGACACAGACGUCCUCAGACACAGACGCAGCUCAGACAGACGCAGCUCAGACACAGACGUCCUCAGACACAGCCGUCCUCAGACACAGCCGUCCUCAGACACAGACGUCCUCAGACAGACGCAGCUCAGACAGACGUCCUCAGACAGAGACGUCCUCAGACACAGACGUCCUCAGACACAGACGCAGCUCAGACACAGACGCAGCUCAGACACAGACGUCCUCAGACACAGACGCAGCUCAGACAGACGCAGCUCAGACACAGACGUCCUCAGACACAGACGUCCUCAGACACAGCCGCAGCUCAGACACAGACGUCCUCAGACACAGACGCAGCUCAGACACAGACGUCCUCAGACACAGACGCAGCUCAGACAGACGCAGCUCAGACAGACGUCCUCAGACACAGACGUCCUCAGACACAGCCGUCCUCAGACACAGACGUCCUCAGACAGACGCAGCUCAGACAGACGUCCUCAGACACAGACGUCCUCAGACACAGCCGUCCUCAGACACAGACGUCCUCAGACAGACGCAGCUCAGACAGACGUCCUCAGACACAGACGUCCUCAGACACAGCCGCAGCUCAGACACAGCCGCAGCUCAGACACAGACGUCCUCAGACACAGACGCAGCUCAGACACAGACGUCCUCAGACACAGCCGUCAUCAGACACAGACGUCCUCAGACAGACGCAGCUCAGACAGACGUCCUCAGACACAGCCGCAGCUCAGACACAGACGUCCUCAGACACAGCCGCAGCUCAGACACAGACGUCCUCAGACACAGACGCAGCUCAGACACAGACGUCCUCAGACACAGACGCAGCUCAGACAGACGCAGCUCAGACACAGACGUCCUCAGACACAGACGUCCUCAGACACAGACGUCCUCAGACACAGACGUCCUCAGACACAGACGCAGCUCAGACACAGACACAGACGCAGCUCAGACAGACGUCCUCAGACACAGACGUCCUCAGACACAGCCGUCCUCAGACACAGACGUCCUCAGACAGACGCAGCUCAGACAGACGUCCUCAGACACAGACGUCCUCAGACACAGCCGCAGCUCAGACACAGACGUCCUCAGACACAGACGCAGCUCAGACAGACGCAGCUCAGACAGACGUCCUCAGACACAGACACAGACGCAGCUCAGACAGACGUCCUCAGACACAGACGUCCUCAGACACAGCCGCAGCUCAGACACAGCCGCAGCUCAGACACAGACGUCCUCAGACACAGACGCAGCUCAGACGCAGCUCAGACACAGACGUCCUCAGACACAGACGCAGCUCAGACAGACGCAGCUCAGACAGACGUCCUCAGACACAGACGUCCUCAGACACAGACGUCCUCAGACACAGACGCAGCUCAGACACAGACGUCCUCAGACACAGCCGUCCUCAGACACAGCCGUCCUCAGACACAGCCGUCCUCAGACACAGCCGUCCUCAGACACAGCCGUCCUCAGACACAGCCGUCCUAAGACACAGUCGUCCUCAGACACAGCCGCAGCUCAGAUCGAAGAGGGUCCUACAGAUGUUUACGUUUCCGUGUAG